AUGUUUCGACAAAUCCUGAUACAUCCUGAAGAAACUAAGUUUCAACAAAUUAUUUGGAGGGAUAACUCUGCUAAGCCUCUGCAGUUGUACAAACUUUUAACCGUUACCUAUGGUACAACGUGUGCACCAUUUUUAUCCAUACGAGUGCUACAGCAACUAGCUGAUGAUGAAGCUAGUAAAUAUCCAAUUGGAUCUGAGAUUCUUAAACGAGAUUUAUAUGUGGAUGAUAUUAUUUCUGGAGCUGAUGACAUAAACAAAGCUAAAGAGAUUCAAUUAGAGCUCCAAAAGAUUCUCACAUCUGGUGGAUUUAAAUUAAGAAAGUGGUUUUCAAACUCACCAGAACUUUUAUAUGAUCUACUAUCUGAAGAUUGUGAAAUAUCAUUUAAUUUUGACGGAAAUUCCGAUUCUUCGAUUAAGGCUCUUGGUUUAUUCUGGAAUCCUCAUUGUGAUAACUUUUUCUUUAAAAUAACACUCCCAAUACGAAGUUCGCAUACAAAACGCACUCUAUUGUCUGAUGCUGCUAAGCUGUUUGAUCCUCUUGGGUGGUUGGCCCCAACGAUCAUUCUUGCAAAAAUCUAUUUUCAAAGAUUGUGGUGCGCUGGCAUAGGAUGGGAUGACCCUCUUCCCCUUCCACUAAAGGAUGAUUGGGAAAACUAUCGUAAAUCUCUACAAGCCUUAGAAAAAAUUAAAAUUCCAAGAUGGUUAGGAACUUUUACCAGCUCUUUUGGUGAAGUGCAUGGCUUUUCUGAUGCCUCAAACUCGGCCUAUUCAGCAGUGCUUUACUAUCGCUGUAUAAAGGAUGAUAACAUUUCUAUCAAUCUAAUAACGGCUAAAACUAAGGUUGCCCCAAUCAAGCAAGUAUCGUUACCACGACUUGAAUUAUGUGCUGCUGUAUUAUUAGCAAAACUUUUCAAAAAAUUCAUGACUGCAAUUGAAAGUCAAUCACUAAACAUAAAGCCAUAUUUUUGGACUGAUUCAAAGGUUGUCCUUGCAUGGAUUCAUGCAUUACCAAUACGUUGGAAAACAUUUGUUGCCAACAGAGUAACUGAAGUACAAGAAAUGACUAAUAUCUCAGACUGGUACCAUGUACGCUCAGAAGAUAACCCAGCUGAUUGUGCUUCACGAGGGGUUCAACCUUAUGACUUACAAAAUCUUGCUUUGUGGUGGCAUGGUCCUAAGUGGCUUAGUCUUCCUUUCUCUAAAUGGCCAAACCAACAAGUUUCAGACUGUCAAACUGAACUAGAGAAAAAAGCUAAUGCUAAUUCUUUGUCUGCAAAUGUUACUCCUACUUUUGAUCUACUACUGAAAUAUUCUUCAUUAAACAAACUUCUUCGUGUAACAAGUUAUAUAAAACGUCUCUUCAAUUUCAAAAUGAGGAAUACUUUUGAGGAAUAUCUCAAUCCCAAUGAAAUUCAAAAUUCCUUUUCUUGCCUCAUACGCUUAUCCCAAUCUCAGUACUUUGCAUACGAGAUAAAAGAUUUAAAAUCAGACAAACAAAUCUCAAAUAAGAGUAAAAUUAGUAAUCUUUAUCCUUUCAUCGACGAUGAGGGAAUUUUGCGAGUCGGUGGAAGACUUUGCUUUGCUGAAAUUGACCAGUAUGCAAAGCACCCGAUUAUCUUAUCAAAUCGUUGCAAUCUAGCAAAACUUAUUGUAUCGGAUGCGCACAUUAAAACUAUUCAUGGUGGGCCUCAAUUAAUGAUGUCAUAUAUAAGGAAUAAAUUCUGGAUUCUUAAUCUGAGAAAUCUUACAAAAUUAAAGUUUCAUGACUGCACUUUAUGUCAUCGUUUUAACCAUAAGCGUUCAACACAACUUAUGGGAUCACUCCCUAAAGUACGAGUUAACGAAACCAGACCCUUCCGACACACUGGAGUGGACUACGCUGCGCUGGUCCAUUCGACAUCCGUUUUUCAAAAGGAAGAUCACCAAAAACGUAUAAAGGUUUCAUUUGUGUGUUUGUUUGCUUGGUUACAAAAGAGAUUUACAUUGAGCUUGUGUCAGACAUGUCUUCAGAAGGAUUUUUAG